AUGUACAUUGCAGAGGAUAAGCUUGAGCACAACAAGAGCAACUCGGAGCAGGUCAAGGACGGCUUUGAGUAUGGUCGCGAGGAGAACAAGAAGGAGGGCCACACUGGCAACCCGAACAGGAAUGUCGGUGGUACUGCCAAGGACGGUGGCCUGAGCACUGCAGACACAGUAGCAGACGGCGGCCCAGAUGAUGCCGAACAGGACGGCGAAUACAAGCCCGGAAAGUAA